UAAUCCUUUUAUAUCAGAGAAGUGCAAUACUGCUUUGAAUUAUCUAUGGACUAAUAAAGCAUCAGCUCAUGAUGUCCAUAUUUUAUUGACAACUUUGGAGUUACAAACAGCAUUCUAAUAAUUUCCUCCAAGCUGUACUGACACACCAUUAUUUGCCAUGUGAACAAUUCAUCACCAAAAACACCAAAAUAGGCAGUUGUUUUGUGGUUUAAUUUUAAGAUGUUGAGAAAUAUCCAUAAAACCAUUUCUACAAUUCACUUUCAGUUCAUUUAUUUAGUAUUUUUAAAAAAUGCUGACCCUUGUACUGGUUGAGUCUAAACCUUAUCAGUUAAUUGUGUCUAAUAAAUGUUCUUGAAUGGUUCUGCUAAUCUUCUUGUAAAGGUCUACUUGUCGACAUUGAGCUCCUGGGGGUGGGGGGAGCUGCUGGACUUUGCUGAUUGAGAAAAAAAAAGUUCUGUGGAACUCCACUAUAUAAAGGCAGAACCUCGUCUUGAUCCUGAGACUUACAGCAGCAGAAGCCUUCAGUGGUACAACGGCAAGAUGUUGAACAUCAGCGACCUGCCUCUGCAGCUCCUGCCCUCCAUGCCCUCAGACCGUCUACUGCAGCCAUUCUGGGAUUAUUUGCUUUUUCACCACCUGCCUUUCAUCUCAUCUCCCUUUUUCCCAGUCCUACUCACUUUCUCCAGCUAUUUCUUUUUCAGUUUACCUUUUGCUGCACUGGACCUUUUGGGAGAAAGAGUGCCUUUAUUCUAUCAGUACAAGAUCCAACCAGACAGGCAGCCAACAUUGGGGAUGAUGGCUAAGAGCUUCAUGACAACGCUGUAUAACCACAUAUUCUUUGUUCUCCCAGCUGUAAUAAUGAGCGUAUUCAUCCUGCCUACACCAACACUGCCACAGGAUGCUCCUACUCUAUAUGAGGUAUUCACUGGCGGUCUGGCUGUGCUUCUCCUCUUUGACACUCAGUACUAUAUUUGGCAUUUCAUACAUCACAAGCACCCACAGCUUUACCGGUGGAUCCAUGCAAUCCACCAUCAGUACAUGGCACCUUUCUCUUGGUUAGCCGAGCACUUAAGCAUCCCAGAGUUGAUGACUGUUGGAUUCUUGAGCAACCAGGACCCAAUUAAUUUAAAGUGCCACCCACUGACCUCUUGGUGCAUCACCAUUUUUAGUACCUGGAUGUCUGUGGAGGACCACAUAGGCUAUGACCUUCCAUGGACCCUCAACCACCUGGUGCCUUUUGGUCUGCUAGGCGGUGCACCGGCUCAUGACAUGCACCACCGGAAGCCAAACGGCAACUACGCUCCUUUCUUCAGCCACUGGGACAAAAUUUUUGGCACUGCCGUUCCUCUGGAGAAAAAGACUAUGAGAAAAUAAUGACAAGUGAAUGCAAUACUGCAUGUUUAGUGUUUUUUCUUCUGAAGUUGUCACAAUUAUUUGUCUUUGCCUUUGUGAAAUACAUUAGGGUGAGGGUGCUUUCUCA